AUGCUCAAGACUUUUGUUAGAACAACGACACCAAUCCUUGCUGCCGCAAAAAAGAAUUUUCCUCGCGCAGUUAGCUCGGUCGUAACGCCAAGUGAUACCUCUCUAUUAAAUACCUCUAAAUAUGGAGGAAAAUACACUGUAACACUAAUCCCUGGAGAUGGAAUUGGUCAGGAAACUGCAGCAGCUGUCAAGACAAUCUUCAAGGCAGCCAAUGUCCCAAUUGAAUGGGAGCAAUUGGAUGUCACAGGCUACACUCAAGAAGGGGAUCUGUUAUUUAAACAAAGUGUGGAUAGUCUAAGGAGGAAUAAAGUCGCGUUGAAGGGUAUCCUGUAUACACCCAUAUCAAAAUUGGGUCAUCAGUCAUUUAAUGUUACUCUGCGUAAAGAUUUAGAUAUUUAUGCAUCUCUAGUUAUUGUCAAGAAUAUUAAAGGUUAUCCUACCCGUCAUAAUAAUGUGGACUUUGCAAUCAUCCGUGAGAAUACGGAGGGUGAAUAUUCUGGGUUGGAACAUCAGUCAUUUCCAGGAGUUGUAGAAUCUCUCAAGAUUGUAACUAAGGCAAAGACGGAACGUAUUGCGCGUUUUGCUUUUGACUUUGCCCUUAAAAAUGGUCGUAAAAAAGUCACAUGUGUCCAUAAGGCUAAUAUCAUGAAACUUGGAGAUGGACUUUUCCUUAACACUUGUCGUGAAGUUGCCGAAGAUUAUAAAUCGUCGGGAAUUGAAUUUAACGAUAUGAUUGUUGACAAUUGUUCCAUGCAGUUGGUAUCUAAACCUCAACAAUUCGAUGUAAUGGUGAUGCCUAAUUUGUAUGGUAAUAUUGUCAGCAAUGUAGGAGCGGCAUUGGUUGGUGGUGCUGGUAUCAUACCCGGUGCCAAUAUCGGUAGAGAAUUCGCCUUAUUUGAACCCGGAUGUCGUCAUGUCGGUAAAGAUAUACAGGGUCAUAAUACCGCUAAUCCAACUGCAUUGCUUCUUUCUGGGGUAAUGAUGCUUCGACAUUUGUCACUUAAUGACUUUGCCAAUAGAAUUAAUAAUGCAGUUUAUCAAACAAUUCAAAGAGGAUCGGCCAAAACGCCUGAUAUGGGAGGCACAUCUACAACAACGGACUUUACCCUUGCAGUAAUUUCAAAUUUGUAG